UAAGUAGAUCAAUCACUUGAAAUACCCCGGAACGCCAUUUACGCCGGUUGUGUGUCCAACUUUAUUUUAUUGUAAUCCCAGUGCCUAGCGAAAAACGUUGACUGUGACAAGAAAAGGUUCGGUUCGGCCCAGAAAGUUUCGACAUUAGCACAUGGGUACCGGUCUGAGUUUCGCAUAGCCAAUAAGAAGAAAGGAGAAAAAGAAGGCAACAGCUGAUCUGUCCUCCGAAGUAGCACAUGCUUACGCAUUAAAGUGGCUCUUGAAUAUCGUUGUUUUAUCAGAAAAAUAAUGAAGUUUUAGGGCAGUGCGAAGCGUAAAACGUUGUUUCGGUUAAUAUAUAACCAGUUUUGCCUACCCGGGACAUGUUAGAUACCUGCUAGCCGCUAUAAUAUACUCGGUCUUACCAUUGUCUGGAAAAAAUGGCUGACCGCGACAGUGCAUCCGAGAGCGAUAGCAGCUCGAUUGACGGUGGGCCGAUAAUGAUGCCCCCAUCGCCAGUAACGCGGGAACAACUUCAAAAAAGGAUAGAGUCCCUUCAGCAACAUAAUCGCGUCCUGAAAGUUGAGCUUGAGACGUACAAGCUGAGAGUGAAGGCGCUGCAGGAGGAGAAUCGUGGACUUCGGCAAGCGUCUGUCAUCAUCCAAGCCAAGGCUGAACAAGAGGAGGAAUUUAUUAGCAAUACAUUAUUGAAGAAGAUACAGGCCUUGAAGAAGGAGAAAGAAACAUUGGCCCAUCACUAUGAGCAGGAAGAAGAAUGUCUGACGAACGAUCUGUCCCGGAAGUUGAAUCAGCUACGCCAAGAAAAGUGCCGUCUUGAGCAAACAUUGGAACAGGAACAAGAAUGCCUGGUGAACAAACUAAUGCGUAAAAUAGAAAAACUGGAAGCUGAGACUUUGGCCAAGCAGAGUAAUUUGGAACAACUGCGUAGGGAGAAAGUUGAAUUGGAAAAUACAUUGGAACAGGAACAAGAGGCCUUAGUUAACAAAUUAUGGAAACGAAUGGACAAGCUAGAGGCUGAAAAGAGAAUGCUGCAAAUUAAAUUAGAUCAGCCUGUAUCGGACCCAACUUCACCUAGGGAUAUCAACAACGGUGACACUGCUACCAACUUGAGUACACAUAUUCAAACUUUGAGAAGUGAGGUGGCUAGACUAAGACACACGCUUUUAAUAUCACAGCAAGAACAUACUGAAAAGAUGAAGCGUUAUGUGAAUGAAGAAAAACAAGUUCGCGAAGAGAAUUUAAGGCUUCAGAGGAAACUGCAAUUAGAAGUUGAAAGACGUGAAGCUCUGUGCAGACAUCUUUCUGAGUCUGAGUCAAGUCUUGAGAUGGAAGAAGAACGACAUUAUAAUGAGAUAGUGAUGUCUGGAGGAAACAUCAGAAAUCGCACAGUUUCUAGUCCAAUUCCAUACAACCCUUCACCCAGCUCUUCUCGACCUUUGAGCCCAGGUAUCAAUAUAGUGGGAUCAACAUCACGUGACAGUUUCAAUGCAAAUCGAUGUUACGCUUGUGGCCAGCCCACUGUAUUGCCGUUUGCCAGUUCAUCUCCACCAUCAGGGGGUCAUAUUGUUGCACCAACCGGUAGACGCACAUCAGAUCGUUUCGUGAAACCAGCAAUACCGCCAACAAUUAUAAAUGCUGGUGGCACUCCAAUUUCAUGUCCAGCAACAAACACAUCUGCUGGCUCGCCGAUGGAUAUCUCUAAAGCAUAAUUUAAACAAUCCUAAUAUACAGAACUGGUUAUUCAAUUUUAUAUCUUGGUGCACAUAGUGCACUGUGCAGGAACGUGCACAGCUCAGCAUUGAAGUUUUUUUCGUUUUUAAUUUUUGAGUAUUGUACGUUACAUGAGAAAUAAGCGGAUGAACAACCGAUCUUGAAAACAACGUAUUAAAACUCUUCGCAAAAACUCAUGUCAACAUCAUUGUCUUUCAGUUAACUUAGAGUAGAUCUUUGGAAGAGGUACGAAACUGUUUUUAAAAUCGUUAAAGGAAAGGUAGAAUCUUCAAGGUAUUGAUAUAAUUUCAAUUUUUUCUCAGUAGCUAAUUUACAGCACAAAUUAGCAAGUACGUGUAUCUUAAGCUCAAAAUAUCACCAAAUAUAGAUGAUCGACUUGGGUUUUUAUUGAUGUAUUGCAAAUUUUUUGAAAAAUCAUGUGGCAAAAGUCUCGUAUUUCGGAUCUAAAAGUUAUACUUCGAUGAUGUUUUUACUAAGUAACACACAUCACUAUUGAAUAUGAGAAGAAUUCACAUUGGACAAUUUUGAUCAUAAUUUUUGAAUCUGUUCCGUAUUUUCCUUUUCAUAAGAAUAUAUGAAUUACUUUUAAUCCUGUCAAACUUGAGAAAU